AUGUCUCACCCGAAUAACAACUCGUCAGCUCCCGUUGGUGUCACUACCAAUACCUCCUCAUCGGCAGCCUCUUCUCACGCUCCUACUAGGAUGCGGAAUCCAAUGGUCGAACAGGUCGUUUCAUCAUCAUUGCCAAUCACUGUCCCACAAUCGCUGUUGAUAUCCGCCAAUCCUAUGGCGAGUCUUCAAAUAUUCGCAGAAGCAGAGCGUGCCAAGACUCGUGGACAGACCUCUAGCCAGAGGGUAUCAUGGACUUCUGCCUGGAGUCGGUUCCCAACUUCCUCUUUGGCUCAAUCAGCGCAAGUCCAUGCUACAGCAAACCACACAAAUGAUCGAAAGCGACCACGACCUCCGACAGCUGAAUUCGAAACCGAUGCCCUGGUUUCGGUUGGAUCGUCAACAUCACAGGCUGCAAGACUUCCUCUCCGAAAGCGCCGAAAAAAUAUGCCCAACCGCAAUCCCUUCUAUCCUUCCUACCUCCAGUCUCCAACGCCUUCAAUUUUAUCUCUUUCCUCAACAGUCUCAACUGGAGAUACCACCGACUCCGACGUACAUGAUCUCACGGAGGAUGAAGAUAGAGAUGAGAACAAUGAAUAUCUAGUACCAGCGUACCCUUGUCUGCCUCCAACUCCUCUGACCCCCCACGAUGUCUUACAGUCCACGACGUUAUCUCGAAUGUUUUCACGUGCCAAUCGAACAUUCCAUCAAAUUGCGAAUAGUGCAACAGGCCUAGUCGAAGCAGAUCAGAGUACUUGCAAUCGCAUGGGCGAGCUGGUUGAAGUUUUGAGAGGUGAUCUGGGUGGAAGGCGAUGGUUUGAAGUGGUCGAGCGCGCUUUUUUGUCACCGACAUCGAAGGAGGUCUUAUCGAAUUCUACUCGGAAUGGCAAGAGCACCGCAUCAUCAAUAGCACAAAAACCGCCGCAGAAUGACUCUGUUGCCAACGCAGGCAAGGAAACUUCCUCUAAUGCACUUCCUGGACGUCGUCGAAUACAAUCCAUGGAGCAGCCUGGACUGGACGCUCGGUCUCAUAGGGUCUUCGGCGGCUCAAGUGAUGCAACAAAUCAUCUUGAGAGCGGAUCAGAUUCCCUCAACGAGUCUCAUCGUUUGAUGCUCGAUCCACGAUACCAAAUUCUGACCCAAGCACCAGGUUUCAUCCAGUCAUUGUUUGUUUCUUCUGAUCCAGUCACCGUACCUAUGAUGUAUCGCCCUCCAAAUGAUGUAAGGGGACUCCACGCGAGCCAGCAGACCCAACCUAGCGAACUCAACACCUCGCAGAAGAUUAACGGUGCAUCUACAGGAUCGAAUACCAAAAGCCAUCCUGCCAGUGUCGCGUCUGGGAACGGCUCGUUGGAAAACCUUUCAAUUCAGCAACAGAUUGAUUCUUACCAUGAUUGUACAAUCGAAAUUUCGAAAUUCCUCGGUGAUUUAACCGAUUAUCGUGACAGGCUCUUGGAGGUCAGAGAUGGUUGUUUGAGCGUGGAUAAACGUAGAAGGGCUUUGUGGGCGAUUGUGAAAGUGUGUGCAAAUGGCUAUGACGAGAUAUGUAACGGCCAGAACUCAAAUACCAAGACCGAAUCGAGCGCUGUCGCAGCUUCGACAAUGGAAUCAAAGCAAGAACCUAAUGGUACUGUUCACACAGGUCAAUCUACUGCACCUUCCCGAACAAAUGGUCACACUGAAACGCCAUCUUUACGCGGAAAGAGCCGAGCCAGAUGA